AUGGCACCGAUUACCGACGACGAAUGGGCCGACCUCGUCGCCCACGAACUUCCCAAGACGACGGACCCGGCGCUGUCACCCAUUGCGAAGAAGGCGCGUGACAUCCUAUUUAGGAUUCGCCUUGAAGAGAUACGAUCUUCGGGUCCCCCACCCUCCAAGGAGAAGGCAAAAUCGUGGCAAAUAAUCAGGCGUAUGCCGAAGGGUGCACUGCUCCGCGCCCAUUGCCAUUCCCUUGUCGACAUCUCUCAUCUUCUUGAGGUUGCCUUGGGCACGCCGGGCAUAUGCAUUUCAUGCCCCGACGGUAACCUCGCCACCCAAUAUGCCAGGAACGAAGGGGGUCUCCGUAUCCAGUUCAAGGCCAAGACGAACCCCGACGAUGCUUCAAUCUGGGGCGCCGACUACGCGCCCGGCACCUACAUCGCCCUUUCCAAGGCCGCGGACGAUUAUCCCGAGGGAGGCAGACAGGGAUUCGUCGAGUGGUUCAAGGGGAGAUGCAUGAACUCCACGCAGGACUCCAAUCUCCGGAUGCAUCGGGGGACACCGUUGACUUACUCAGAAGCCAUUAACGGCAUGAUUUACUAUGAGCCGAUUUGGCGGGCGUUCCUUCAACGGCUCAUGGUAAAUCUUGUUGAGGACGGUGUCUACUGGCUGGAGCUUCGUCUUACAUUUCCAUUCGGCUAUUACCGCGAAGGAUCACAGGCGUCGGACCCGGACCACGACCACCUGUUCCAAGCAAUUGGAGAAGAGGUGGCCAGAUUUCAGGCCACCGACUCCGGCCGGCGAUUCUGGGGACUCCGUGUCAUGUGGUCGACCUCGCGCCGCCAGGAUCCACGGUCGAUCAUCGAGGACGCCGAUAGCUGUAUAUCAACGAAGCUUCUGCGACCGCAAUUGGUGGCCGGAUACGACCUCGCAGGCCCUGAGAACCUCGGUAGGCCGCUGGCAGGCCUGCUCCCUGAGUUGUUCUGGUUCCGGAAACAGUGCGCCGUCGAGGACGUCCAGAUCCCCUUCUUCCUCGGCGCGGGAGGAUCGCUCCAUGAUAACGACGCCACCACGGAGCGCAACCUCUUCGAUGCUCUGCUUCUCGGGACACGACGAAUCGGGAACGCCGUGGCUCUGCACAAACAUCCACGCUUGGUCGAGGCCGUCAAAGACAAACGGAUCCUGGUGGAAACCUGCCCGGUACCCAACGAGGGAUUUGACCCGACAUCAGGCAGUGUAAUGUCCCACCCCCUCCCGACCCUGUUGGCGCAGGGCGUGCCCUGCGCCCUAUGCGACGAUAAUUCCGGAAUCCCAUCCGGGCAGGGAAAGGAUGGUGCUUCGCUGAUGACCAACAUCUUCUGGUAUGCAUUUCAAGCGUGGGAUAGCAUCGACCUCGCCACGUUAGGAUCACUAGCCGAGAAUAGUGUCCGUUGGGCCGCUUUCGAAGACCAAGACGCGGAGACGUGCCGUCGAGGCGUCAAGAGGCAGGCUAACUAUUCUUUCCGUGUUCAAGGGCGCGCGACGUACGCGCGGCAAGCGUGGGGGCCGGAACGAAAGCCGCUCGAUUACAGCAACGGGGAUGCCGACAUCGUCGGCACACCGGCCACUUCUACGACGAAGGCUUGA